AUACAAUUAUCCUAUCGACUUAAUUCUAGCAUCUAAUUUUCAGAAUUUAUGUAAAUUUUUUAUUUUUAACGUAAUCGGUUCUUUCUUUUCCCACGAUGUGAUCAAGAAAUGUUACUAACAAUAAUAACCACAAAAAAAAAACACCAUCAUAAUAUCGUCUACGUGAAUUUCAUCAAAACUGAAGAAAUUGGUUUCAAAUUAUUUAAACAUAAGCAGAAUCAGUUUUUCAAUCGAUCUAAACGCGUGACCACGUGGGUUGAUGCAAUUCUGUCUGUAUGGUGCCUCGUAAAUUUUAGUUUGUAAACGGUGUCGUGUGUGUUUUUUUUUCUCGAAUCAAGUGGAUUUCAUCAUUUACAAAUAUUUUUUUGUGUUCUCCCCUGAAAAAAUGGGGGAAAUUGUGAAAAACAUAAAUCGUUAUAGUGUGAAUAUACAACAGACAUUGGCCAACGGAUGGGGAGAUACUAUGGGGAAAAUACAAUAUUGGUACCCCGAAGGCCAGCCCAGCCAGCAGGGUGAGCAGGAACUUGCAACGAAGAUGCUGCAAAUUCAAAGCAAGAGAUUCUAUCUUGAUGUGAAACAGAACAGACGUGGCAGAUUCAUCAAAGUUGCUGAGAUUGGAGCCGAUGGAAGAAGGAGCCAGAUUUUCCUGGCGUUGAGCACUGCCUCUGAAUUUCGAGAUCACCUUUCCACGUUCAGUGAUUUUUAUGCGUCACUAGGUCCCCCAAAUCCAGACAACGUGCCAGAUGACGGGAAACUCAAAUCAGAAAUGAUGGUGAAAGAUAAUCGGCGGUACUAUCUUGACCUCAAGGAAAACUCACGUGGCCGUUUCCUGAGGGUCUCUCAGACAAUAACGCGGGGCGGACCAAGGUCGCAGAUAGCAAUACCAGCCCAAGGAAUGAUAGAAUUUCGUGAUGCAUUGACAGAUUUACUAGAAGAAUUCGGUACAGACGAUGGUGGAUUCAAAGGAGAUUUACCUGAGGGCCGUUACAUGCGCGUGGACAACAAAAAUUUUUAUUUCGACAUCGGCCAGAAUAAUCGUGGCAUUUAUAUGCGAAUUUCAGAGGUCAAAACGAAUUUUAGAACAGCGAUUACCGUGCCAGAAAAGUCAUGGGGUCGAUUCAGAGACAUAUUUGCGGAUUACUGUGAAAAAAUGAAAGAAGGAGGAGGUGGCGUCGGUGGAGGUAGUAGUGGCGUUGGUGGAAACAAUCUGGCAGAUGGAAAGACGAUGGUGGCGCAGGCACCUUCACCUUCAUCGUCACAACAGCCUAAUCCUAAUUUAGACUCGCCCCUACUCAAGUGAAAAAGACUUUAACUUUAACUUUUGAAUUAUAACAAUAACUCGUUUUAAAGCCGUUAAAGAAACAAAUUAAACUUGUCAGAGUUUAUUAUCAUCAUCAUUCAUAUGAAAACGGUAGAGACAGAGGGAAGAUGACUAUGAAACUAUUAUUAAUCAAUUGUCGGAGGUUUUUUGGAAAAUGGCUGAAUAACGAUGAAAUAAUUAAUAGUACCAGCCCAAAAUGUGUAUAUAGAAUGAAAGAAAACAAAAAAAAAUCAUUGCAUAUUACGCUACCUAUCUUACAAAUGAAUAAUUACCUAAACAGAUAUGAAUUUUACGCGGACUUGAUAAUGCAAAUAGUAUUACUAUUACCGUUCAUUUCCUGAUAAGCAGUCCUGUCAAUUAUAUCGCAUAUAUUAUAUAAAUUGCUCGAAUUUCUCUUCCGUGAAAUUUAAAAGAACAAUAUUACCAAAAUCUUCCGCUCCGAAUUUCGAAAAGUUGAUUCUUUCUUUAAUCUCUGCAUUUUGUAUGUAUCUCGAUGUAAAUUGUUUGUAUUUUCUAUCGGCACUCAGUAAGAUUUUGAUUGAAGCUUAUCAGUGACUCGGUAGGUAGAAUUAACCACGUUAUUGUUUUUUCACCAAGUGGGAGCAAUCAGAUCAGCGGCGCUCGCUUGUUUCAUCCGAUUUAAUAUAUUUCUGAUGCUUCAUACGUUGUUCAUAUUACCACUUGGCACUACGUUUGAAUAACGCGAAAAAAAGCAAAAAUAAUACCUAAUCGUACGUUUAAUAUUCGUAUAACAGUCCGAACAGUCCGUAGUAUUUAACUCGCAGUUGAAUUACCCCUGUGCCCUUCAUAUAGUGAUAGUUGAUUCCUCCUAGGAAAUGAACUAUAGCAAAGAUUAUGUUACAAUUGAAUUUGAUUGUUCAGAAUUUAUGGAUAUAUAGUUGUUAUUAAUGAAUAUUACGAGCGCAUACACGAACAAGACCAUUGACAAAAAGAAAUAUAUAUACACACAAAUAUAUAUAUAUAUAUAUAUACAUACAACAACAAUUGAAUAACAAAAAAAAAAACAUCGCCAGGUCAAUAUCAUUAUUAA